AUGUCUGAGACAAAAUACAGCCCAAUGAGAGCCGGCUGGACCAGUUCUCGUUUCCUGACUUUCCCACUUAGGAUUCUACAACUGCUAGUCUCAGCAGCUUCACUCGGUUUAUUUGCCUGGCUCACGUACCACUGGGAAAACACUCAAGUGCAUUUUGGCCUCGCACUCUCCGCACUCUCGGUUCUCUACCUAUUGACGCUCCCACUUUACUCAUUUUCAAGUGCCGGAAGCCUCUUCAUCUGCGAGUUCGUAUUCUUUCUCCUGUGGCUCGCAGCGUUUAUUCUCUUUACAUACCUUUUCCAUGACUGCUACAGCUGGGGGACAAGAAGGACAGAAUUUCACAACACGCGCUGCAAAGUCUGUUUCGCCACCAUUGGAACUUCUGGUGCACUCAUGCUGCUGUUCGACUUUACCUAUGCACUGUGCCUCCACAACAUUCUCCUACCUAUUACCUACAGCGUUGGUCGCAACUAUCUUUGGGUACCUUUCUCUUCCUUCGGCGCUCGUCUAAGUCGUGGGAAUGCACUCUCAGUAUCGCAUGCUCGCACCCUGCACAGCCCCGUCUAA